UACUCAAUCACUACCCUAUUUUAUUAUUCUUAGCCUUAGAAAUGUCAUAUCAACAAGAUCAAAAGUAUGGGGAGGCAUAUGGACAGGGCCAGUAUCAGCAACAGAACUGGAAUCAGCAGCCUGAAUCUCAGCAGUAUGGUCAACAGCCGCCAUAUCCUGGUCCUUCUCAGGGCCAACGACCUCUAGGCCAACAGGACCAUGGGAGCUUCCCCGGUGGAAGCUACUCCAUCACACACCGUGACACAAAUGCAGUGCUGAACAUUGAUCUUCAACAAGGGGCGUCUGUCAAGUCCAAGUCAGGAGUCAUGAUCCACAUGUCAGGGACUGUCGCCAUUCAAGGCAACAUCAAAUUCAGCAUGCGCAAGAUGUUCACAGGAGGCCAGAUGAGUGAGACUACGUUUACGGGUCCCGGCAGGGUUGUGCUGGGUCCAACUCUACUGGGUGACAUCGUCACAUUACCCAUCGACGCCAACUCCAACUGGCUCAUCGGCAAGGACGUAUACCUGGCGUCGACGGUCGAUGUCAAAAAGGAUACCAAGAGUCAAGGAUUCGGCAAGGCUUUUUUCAGUGGCGAAGACCUGUUCGUCUACAAGGUCAUGGGACAGGGCUUACUGUGGCUGACCAGCUAUGGGGCGGUUGACAGAAUUGAUCUUCAACCAGGGGAGCAUCACAUCGUCGACAAUGGGCAUCUGGUAGCAUGGAAUUGUGAGUAUCGAGUUGAAAGGGCUGGCGGCGCGACUAUGACCAGCUUGAAGACUGGAGAGGGUUUUGUUUGUCGAUUCAUCGGGCCUGGAUCCGUCUAUAUCCAAACGAGGAACUUGGACGACUUUGCAACAUGGGUUCGGACUGCCGCGGGGACUCAAGGAUAGGAUAGAGGAGGGGCAGGGGAGUCGGAGGGAUCCCAGGAUAUCUUGAGGCUGCGAUGAGGGCCGAGGCGGGCGUUGUCGCAGCAUCCAAGCAUCCAAUGGUCUACCGUAGAAAUUAUUGCUCUGACUACGACUUAC